UUAAUGACCCAAUCCAUGGACAUAUUGAAAUGCAUCCUCUUCUUGUUCGCAUCAUUGACACACCUCAGUUUCAGCGUCUACGAUAUAUUAAACAGUUGGGUGGCACUUACUAUGUUUUCCCAGGAGCAUCACACAAUCGCUUUGAACAUUCUCUUGGUGUUAGUCAUCUCGCAGGCCGUUUGGUGCAGGCGUUGCAAGAACGACAACCUGAACUGAAUAUUGAUCAGAGGGAUAUUCUCUGUGUUCAAAUUGCUGGACUUUGUCAUGACUUGGGUCAUGGACCAUUUUCGCAUAUGUUUGAUAAAAGAUUCAUUCCACUUGCUCGCCCAGGAUUAAAAUGGAAGGUGGAUAUUAUUUUAUUUAUUAAAUUUAUAUGUACUGUAGGUGAGACAUGCUCAUGGAGAUUCUCAAUCAUCCAGGUCAUGGUUGUCCCAAAGGUGCUUUUCCAAAAGGCAACUGGACUUCCUUGAGGUUGUUUUUCUUGAAAACAUUUCGCUUCUUAUCCAAAAAGCUUCUUCAGUUCUGUCUGAAUGGUGGGGAAUGGAAGGAUUUAUAUUCUUUGCAGUCACCUGGUCGUUAGCACUGUGAGAAUAGAUCAUUAGCUCUCUGAGAGUCAUUAAGGUCACUUGGAGGUUUAUCUG